UGCAGCUUCAACUUCAUCUGCAGUGAGUUCGUAAAGUAAUGACCGAGGAUUGAAGUUGGAGCGGAUCUCCUUCAGGUAGACUCCGAUGCCUGCUGGUAAAGUGAAGCAUUGUAUAUUAUGUAUUUUAAUAGGGAGGUACAUGUACUUCUAGCAGCCUUGUAUACUGUGUACCACUCGAACACCAGUCCAGCCACUUCAGCCUUGUCCGUGAAGAUGACCUCAGCCCGCAACUCUCAACCUGUGACCAUACAUUCAUUGCAGUGUCCGUGACCUCAAUAUUCCACCUCCCUUACCGCUCAGUGUUUCUCACUCUUGUCCGGAGGCAGCCCCAACGUGCCAGCAAGAUCAUUGCAUGCGGCAGCAGUAAUUCAAUGCCUUAGCUGCGCGUUGCCUACAACAGCUAGCAGACGACAACCAGUAUCAAUAUUUGGGCCAGCAGUUCGAGACCAAAGUACUAGUAUGCCAUUCAAAUAAGGACUCCGACCACAUUCAAUUUCCAGAUCCAAUCCAAUUCACGGCGCGACUACCACGGCCACAGCCGCAGCCACAGCCAUGCCGCCAAAAAGACGGUCUUCUCGACUUUCUGGAAACCCACCCAGCUCCGAGUCGCCAACAAAGAGCCAGGCCAGCACGGCGGCGGCGGCCCCAAAGCCCUCUUCUGACACGAACAAUAUCGGUAAGGACGACGAUGUAAGCGCGUUGGGAAGCACUACUAGCCCGCCGUCUACAAAGACUACUGGUAACAUGACAGCAACACCACGCUUCACGUCUUACGAAGUCCCGUCAAAGACUAAACCGAUUCCAUGCUUACGGAGCCAUCCCCCCGGGUCACCACCAGCAUCGCUGAUCUUCACCCAUGGCGCCGGAGGAGGCCUAUCUGCGCCGGCAGUGAUGAACUUUUCGCACGGGUUUGCAUCAACAGGCGCCGCCAUCGUUUGUUUUCAAGGGAAUAUGAAUCUCAAAGGUCGUGCGGGCAUGUUCGCUGCCGUUCUGGAUUACGAGAAGCAGCAACAGCAGCAACAGCAGCAGCAGAAGACAGGCGAGACUACAGGCGAUAGUGCAAGACCAUCAAAUCUGGCUUUUGGCGGACGGAGCAUGGGUGCACGUGCGGCGGUUCUAGCGGCCCAUGAUCGUCAAGCCCAAGCGAUCAGACUACUUGUUCUAGUCUCGUAUCCUUUGAUUGGGCCGAACCGCGAUGUGAGAGACCAGAUUCUGCUAGAUAUCAACCCGGGGACGGAUGUCUUGUUCAUUUCCGGCGACGGCGACUCCAUGUGUGAUUUUGGUUUGUUGGCCAAGGUCAGGGCAAAAAUGAAGGCUAGAUCAUGGUUGGUCACCGUCAAAGGUGCCGAUCAUGGCAUGAACCUUAAGGGUGGGGCGAAGUUGAAGAAGGGGACGGAGGAGAUUGGGAAGGAAACCGGGAGGAUUGCGGCAACUUGGAUCAGAGAGAGGGAUGAGGGUAUUCGUGAUAUGGUUCUCGAAUGGGACUCGGGCCGUCAGCGAGUUGUGGGCAAUUGGGGGAAUGGGAAACGCGAUGGACUUCAAGUUGCACAUGGUCGGGAUACUGGAGCUGGAGCUGCAUCGAGUGGUGGUAUUGAGAGGUAUCUCACGACCAAAAGGGAGAAAGGGGACGAGGCUGAGGUGGACGAACCCUCGCCGAAAAGGAAGAAGCGGGAAAAAUGAACGCCUACGCCUACGCCUCCACGGAGGCUUGCUCUAGCCUGAAGCAUGUAUGUUGUGCAGGCUGAAGCGUGUGAGUCGUUUAUAUAAUGUACAGAAAUGCUCCCAAACCUGUCUGCGUAGAUAAAACUCGACGUCGUCUGGUGCAUUUAUCGGUCGGAGUCGCUAUCUUGGCCUCCAUCAUGCUCAGGCGUACCUAGCUUAGCGGACCGAUCUCUUCCCAGUACGACGGCGGGAUCAACUAGGUGACUGCUUAUAUCUCAGAUUGCUAAUAACCAACAGACCAGACCACCUUCGGUACCCAGGCCGGAAGAAAGAAUAUGAUCACGGUCUACGGGGCUUGUUGCGAAGUGUGGCCUACCCAAGGUACCUUAUCCUCCACUCUUGAUAUCGUAC